AACCAGCAACCUUCCGGUAACAAGAAGCUGGAACUACCCCUGGAUCACAGCAGCUUUUUAGUGGUGUAAGCAGCACUUUGUUUUUAGACCGGCAAAAUGUUGGUGCCACCCUUAACAAGUGAAGAACCAAUACAGGUGUUAGAUGACUCCGAACCAAAGCUAAACUCAGUAUAUGACUUAUUGCUUCACCUUUGCUGAAUCAUGAUGUAAUAAUAUUUGUAUAUUUCUGAGCUUUUUGCGAAGCUCCUCUGCUCCCAUGUGGCCAAAAAAAGUCAAUCUGUGCAACUUUAAAUGUUUUCAAAAUGCAAUUACACGCGAUUCCAAGCCAUCUCACAAACAUGGAUUGGAUUGUAAACUUAGAUCAUUUUCAUGAGAACCUUAUCAUAUCACUGCUGUCUUACUCCCCUGAUGCAGUCCACCUCCUCUCACAGGCAGCCCUUGCUGACUGAUGCUGCCUUCACUGUCUGUCCGUCAGCUUCUUCGACUGCGUGGUGAAGACCAUCUGGCCGAUGCUUUCACGCGCUAAACAAACUGUAUGAUUUUUGAAAAAGUUUUUCCCAGUACAAAUUCUGCAGCUGAAAUAUGCAUCAGCAGCGUAAAGGAGGAGCGCAUGCACCAGGAAUGCAACUGUGUUUUUGUUUUUUUUUAGGGAAUUUAUUAAUUUGUUGGAACAAUUAAAUGAAAAACAUAUUGAGAGAGCAUAAAGAACAAUAUUCCAAAUCACACACUUGAUAUCAUGAUCGCAGCUAGCAGGCUGUCUGCUUCAUCCCAGUCACCUCUGAGCGCUGUGUCGGCAGAUGAUCAAUAGCUGUUUUUUUUUUUUUUUUAUUCCCAGCAACAAACACCACAGCAGCUCAUUUCCCCUCUCCCUCCUGUGUACUUAACUGUUUGAGUUACUCAGUGAACUCCUGCUGUGUUUGCUUGGAACCGAAUGCCGUGGACUCACACGAUUCCUGAUGAGUCACAACUGAGAAAAUUCAUACUUUCUGCGCUGUCAUUACCACAUUGUCAGGGCUAAUUUGCCUGGGAUUAAGCCUUCCCUGCUUGGUAUUUUACUCAGUAAAUCAAGCUCGUUAGAGCAUACAAGAUAAAUAAUAUGCACCUCAACACAUCCUUUAUUACCUAAAUUAAUUCAUACAUGUUCAUUUAAUUAAUUGAAAUAUAACCGACGCAGUAAAAUCCUAAACUCUACCGUGGAACUGAUCUUGCUCCACUGCCUCAUUUCAGUGAUUAUAAGUGAUUUCAGUUUUGUUGUUGGUAAUGUUACAGUGAGGAAUUUGAUUUUUUUUAUAAAAUGCCUUUAAACAUAACAUUUGUUGUCAGUUUCAAAGUGAUUCUUCUCAGAUUGUUUGCCCUGGUAAUUAUCCACUCAGCACAGAUAGCAAGUUUUCUUGGCUUCAAAGGAAAAAAAACAAGUGGCAGCUUUUGUUGGAAUAUUCACAGUAUCUGCUUGCCAAAUGGUACACACCAAGUAUGUUCGCUCUCUAAGUAGACAUCUUUGAUAAUUGAAAUUAUUCCUAAUGUACUACUAGUUAUUGUAUCAGACUAUUGGAUCAUUAUUAAUGAUGCAGUAACAUGCAAGAUGCAUUUUGAUGUUAUAAAACUGGCUGCAGGAGAAAAAUAAGAACAGUACAAAUGCUUCAGGGAUUUUCUCGUAUUUUUGUGGAACUAAGGAAAGGAAAGGAGCAAUUUUUCAACUAACACGUUACUUUUGUGAAAAAGUACCUAAAUAAGGGAUUCAUCACAUCGCAGAAGUAACACGUUGUGUUACUCAUUACAAGAAAAAAGUCAUGUACUAAGGCUGGUUUCACACCAAAUCUGGUGGUGAGGUGAGGUGGUAAGGUUUCCCAUUCAUUGUAAUGAGAGCAGUCCACAAAAUUGCAGCCAGCUGCAUCGAAAAAGUUUUAAAGAAACGUGACCUGAUGUCACAAUCUAGUGGCUGAUCAUGUAAAAGGGGUGUCUUCCAGCAAUCAACGAAGAUUCCCACAGGAAGAAUGAAACCUUGAUCACCAGGUUUUAACCCUGUAGCUCUGUAGCAUUAUUUGGGGAGGAGAAGAUCCAUGUCAGGGGUUACAAGCUAUUCUUCUUCCCUUUUCUGUCUAAUGGGGGUGACCACCCUCUGGAUUCAGGGAGGGCUUAAACCCAAUUUCAUGCCACGGUCCAGUUAAUGUUAAUUCAGUGUUUCGCCACACCAUUGGAUAUGGUGUGAAUGCAGCCUAACGGAUUACUUUUAAAAAGUUACAAGUUACAACACUGACUGUCAGUUUAAUUCUCCUAAAUUCCCACUGCUAAAGCAUCAUGGGUUAAAACUUUUUUUUAAAGAAAUCAAAAGUAUCUAUACGUUUAGCAACAUACAUAACUAAUGAAUGUGCUCUUUAACCUCCUAUCAAAAUGCUCAAGGGGCCUUAAUUAGGUUUUUUAAUGCACCGCAUUUGCCCCAGGAGCCGCCAGUUGAGUAGGUCAGCUCUGCAACAUAUCGGUCGGAGUGUCGGCGUUUCCGACAGCCCGUGAAGGCGGCGGCAGAUGCGGGUCUUAUUUGUUCUCUCCGGCAGGAGGGCGUUCCGCUGCACGAGACACAAACACACUGUGCUCCAAUUAUGCCGGCGUUAGUGUGCGCUGGCUCGCGCUCAGCGGCUGUCACAGCUUAGGAUCGCGUCUCCCUGUGUUUUCACACCCGGAUCGGGCCUUCCUUGAUGUCAGCCCUUCCUGGCGGUUAUCACUGCCGGGGGAAAGGCGACAGAGGAGGCCAGGCUCGAAGACAUGGAGGCUAACCGUCCUUGCAGAGGGAGUGAGCUGUAGGACGGGGUGAUUUCUGCAGAGUGCCGGCUCUCCUAGAAUGGACCCUGCACACAGUGGAGGGGAUAUGUCACCUCUGUAUGUGCCAAGAAAGAGAAAAUCUGCCCAGUCGCAACCUAAAAGUGGAGUGCCAUGUCCAGUUGUUCAACGAAUGCCAGAAAGAACCUGUGAAUUAAAUUCAGGUGGAUAUCCCAAGAAUGACGAGUCUCAAGAUCAAGAUCCUCUAAAGAUGAAAAGAACUUACGGUAGAAAAAGGUACGAGGACCUCCAGAGUGUCUCCAUAGGAACAGUGGAUUACCCAACAACCAGCUGCUUGGUGAUGUCAUCAGGUAGUCUGGCAAAUGGGGCAGACCCAGGGUCCAUGGCCCCGCCCACUGCAAGGCUGCCUCCGAGACUGGUGGCAAAGGAUGCGUGGUCUCAAGGCCCAGAGGCCAGCAGGGAGCAGCCCCAGCCUCAGGACCAGAGCUGGAACUCCAGCAGGGACAGAGGCCCUGACGCCUGGGCCCCAGGUAGAGACAGGCCGCAGGAGCAGGUCUGGAACUCCAGAGACCAAGCAGGACACUCCAGUCAAGACCAGACAUGGAUUCCAGGCAGGGACAGGGCCCAUACCGGACCAGACCAGGCCUGGAUGACAGGGCGGGACCGAGGUCCUGAGCAGGGAUGGGCAGCCGGCAGAGACCGAGGCCAGGAUCAGGCCUGGAAUGCAGGCAGGGAUACUGGAAGAGACCGGGCCUCAUCAGGGCCAGAGCAGGGCUGGGGAACGGGUCGAAGCCAAGAACAAGCCUGGACCAGCAGAGACAGAGUCUGGAGACCUGACUUGAACAUGAAGAAGGUCCUGAGAGUGGAGGUGGAGCGAAGCCCAUUCGUUAAUAACUUCUCACAGCCACCAGAGGGCAGAGACUCCUGUUCAGAUGGAGCCAGUGUUGGCGAGGCCUCGACGGCUCAAGCGAGCGAGGACCAGAAACCCCCCAUCCCCUCCACCAAGAAGGAGCCUCCCUCGUACCCUCCAGGAAGUCAAGAGGAGCGCUGGCAGCUGCAGAUUGUGGCCAAAGGCAGAGUCACCUGUCCAAAAUGUAAAAGUGUGAGCAGGAAGACCGUGGAGGGGCUGAAGAAACACAUGGAGAACUGCAGACUGCAACCCUUUACCUGUCAACACUGUGGGAAACAGCUGAAGUCCUCGACGGGGAUGAAGUAUCACAUCAUGGCCGACCACAGUCACCUGCCGUCCUCAGAAGAAGCCAAGGACCUAGAUGAUCGUGUCAUCAAAGACAAACUGCGUAAGAUCCUGAAGAGACUGGGCAAACUAAAAUGCUCCAAAGAGGGCUGUACCGCUGCCUUCACCAGCAUCAUGGGCUACGUGUACCACAUGAAGAAGUGUGGGAAGGAGGAGUCUGAGCUGGAGAAGAUGUUGCUGAAUUGCUCUCACUGCGGGAAAACCUACAAGUCCAAGGCUGGUCUGGAGUACCACCUGAAGUCAGAGCACGCUCCUACGCCCCAGAAGAGCGAGGAAGACGAGGCACUGAAGGCCCAGAGGGAGGCCAACCCGGAGAGGACACCCAGCGGCAGAGUGCAGCGAGCAUCGGCCCAGGUGGCGAACUUCCACCUGGCCGAAAUCGCCAACAACGAGCUGCCCAAAGACUGGCCCAAGAGGAAGUUUCAGUCGGACCUGGUGCCAGAUGACAAAAAGUUAAAAUAUGCCCGACCAGGCCUGCCCGCCUUCAGCCAGGAGGUGCUGAGGAAGUGGAAGAAUGAGGUGAAGCUGCAGAGGAAGGUCCAGUGUCCCAACCAGGGAUGUUGCUGCACCUACACCAGUGUGUCUGGACUAAAGGCUCAUCUAGGCCUCUGCACAAGGGGCGACUUCGAGGCUGGAAAAUACAGAUGUCUGAUCUGCAGUAAAGAGUUCAACUCUGAAAGUGGAGUGAAAUACCACAUCAACUCUGUCCAUUCACAGGAAUGGUUUGUCACAAACAAAAAGGCCUCCAAGAAGUUUGAGAAGUUCCUCAAAAAUCAGUCGAAGGAGUUUGUCCAAAGCGUGGACAAGCAGAUGGUGGAUCAGUGCCACCACAAUCACCUCCAGCAUCAUCAGCAGCAUCACCAUCACCACCACCACCACCACCACCAUCAGCAGCAGCAGCAACAGCAGCAUCCGCUCCAGCUCCAACCUCUGCAGCACCCUCUACAGCCACUGCAUCACCUCCAGCACCACACCCAGUUCCUCCACCAAGAGCAGCAAAACCUCCCUCCGCAGACGGACGUCCAGCUCCAGCAGCCGAUGCUCCACUACACCCCUCUAGAGCCUCCGCCUGGACCAAUGUGGGUGGAUAUGGACCGGAGAGCUGCAGAGCCGGAGCCAGAGCCAGAGCCGGAGCAGGCGCCAGUCGAGAUGGAUCUGGCUGAGAAACCAGAGGCGGAAAAUGACGGGAUGGUUGAGGAGGAGGAGGAGGAGAAGAGGAGACAGAAGGGGGAGAGAGGAGGAGGGGAGAGGGGGAAGGCCGAGGGGAAGCGGAAGGAUUGCUUUGCUUUCGUCAGCAGCGGCAGGGGUAGCGGAGGCGGUAGCAGUAGCGGCAGCAGCAGCGGCGGUGGCAGCGGAGGCGGCGGCGGCAGCAGCAGCAGCAGCAGCAGCAGCAGUAGCAGCAGCAAUACCGGCAGCUCGUCCAGCGAAUCCGAGGUGGAGCAGCAGGACAGGCAGGGACAGAUCGACCAGUGGAACCUGAAGCGGCCCGGCGUCAUGGAGCCCCACCCUGAGGCCGGGAAACGACAGAGGAACACUUAAAAGUCUGCAGCUAAGAUUCCCACUUUAAACUAACACUCGUCGUGCAUCAGAGCAGAUUCUAACAGAGGUGGAGGAAGACGACAUCAGGCGUCCGUCCCUACUUUAUUAUCGUGACAAUGCGAAGAAAACGAGCCAAGGCUUUGGGGAGACGGCAGCUGAGAAAGUUGCGAAAUCCAUCAGGCGAUCGAUACGUUUUUAAAAAGAUGCUCACUGUGUCGGCGUGGAUCUAAUGAGACACUUCCGCUUUAGAGACUGUUUCUCCGUCUUGAAAUGGUCGUCAGUGUAUAGCCUUGAGAAAAUGUAGUAUACCGUUUAUCUGUGUGUUUAUCUGUGACAGAUUCUUUUCACCAACUUUAAAUGUGUCUUAUUCCUUUAAAACGUUUGAUAAACCUUCUCGUCUUUCAUGUUUACCUUAAAGGGAAAAAAAAAGUUACUUUAACCUACAGAGAGAGGAUGCUACAGUGUAGUAUUUUGUUAGACUUGUGUAGUCUGUCUCUCUGAAAAGAUUUUGUGCCUCUUAAGUAUGAUCUGUAUAACUUCAUACUUUACUCUCAUCUUUUACUUCCCUUUUCUGGGCUAAGCAAUUCUGGAAGUGUCACUUUUUUGGUUAGAAAAGAGAUUCAGUUACUUCUGGCUCAGAUGUCCCUCACCCUGGUCCUUCCAGUCCCAUAUUCGCAUCGGUUUUGACAAAAUGUAUGUUUUGGACCUACGUUGAUAGUGAACGCAACCUGGCAUCAAGCUGCCAUCUUUGAGCCAAGUCUGCUGCUAACAUGAGAGGAUCUGUCUGCGUCAGUGUAGUGCUUCAGUGCAGUUACAAGCGUUUAAACCGGCAAGUCCCAUUUGCAGAAGCAGAUCCAUUGGAAAAACAUGUUAAAGUGAUAGUUAAUUCUAGGAACUGACUGGGAAACACUUAAACGUGAAAUGAGAAGAUCAAAUAUCAACUUUUGUAAGAAUCCAUCCGUUGACCCAGCACUGCGCUGAGUAGAGCUGCAACAGUUAGUCGAUGGUUUAAGUUGUAUUUCAGACAGAAACGUCGAACACUUGCUGGUACCUGCUUCUUGAUUUGCUGCUUUCCGUUGUCAUUUAUGAUAAUAAAUAAAAAGACUUUGGACUCUCGGUUGGACAAAAGAAGCACUUUGAAGACGUCACUUUGGGCUCUUGGAAACUGUGAGCAUUAUUCUUUUCACCAUUUUUCUACAUUUAAUAGACUAAAUGCUUAAAGUAAGUGGCAGGUUAAUCGGUAAUGAGAAUAGUCUUUGGCUGAAACUCUGCUGCAGAGUGUCUCUGGCUGUAGCACAACUGCCUCACUGUGAUAACAAGACUGAGAAGUCACUGUUUUAUUCAAAGAAUUGUUAGAGCAUAUAUACCAUGAUUUUUUGUUAUCUGUCUAGGAAUGAAGAAACCUGAUAUAACCUGAACCUUAGAGCUGUAGGUAGUUGUAGUUCUGGGCCAGGCUAGCUGUUACCCCCCGGCUUCAAGUCUUCAUGCUAAGCUCGGCUAACAACCUCCAGGCUACAGCUCCUAACUUGGAGCAGACGUGAAAGUGGUGUCGAUAUUUUUGUCUAAAUCUUCGGAAAAAGCACACCAGUUUGUUUCCCAAAAAGUUGGCCUACCUCACAACAUUUUUCCAAGGAAACAACAAAAUAAACGUUGAUAAAAGGACUUACAGAUUGAAAUUGACUCCAGCUGUGUGCAAAGACAACAUCUGUAGUUUGAAAUGUGUGUUUCUGCAGUCAGGAUUUGGGAAUCUCUGAAUUUUAGUCUCUAUUUUAAUUUAGUAAAGCAAAAACUCUCAACUUAAUGGUCACUUACUUGCUUUUUCUGAAACUCCUAAUGCCAUCGUUCAGUCUUCCUCACCGGAUGGGGGUCACACAGUCAUCACACGAUGGAGGGAUGACAGAUACAUUUGAAAGCUCUGGAAAAGCUAGCAAGUGGACCUGUAAGUGAAGGUGUUUUUUUGUUAAAUUGCUUUUUCCAUCUCGAGAUCAAACAUUUACCCUUUAUUCUUAAUAAUCAGUUCAUUCCGUGCCAUGAGUUCUGUUCACCAAACGUAGUAAGCACAGAGAUGCUAUUCCAGGUUCUCACUGGCUGACCACAAAACGUCAGCCAAUAGAUAUGACAGGAACUUCAUGGACGUGCUCAGCAGUCGUGUUAGAAUGCAGACAGGUGGGCAGACGGUUCUAUAGUGUUGACACAAGUUGACUGUUAACUCUAAUGAAGGAAAGCUAACAUACCAAGCAUUUAACAUGGAGGGUUGGUGUUUUCUGUUCUUUCUUGUCUGUGUCUGAAUAUUUAACCAAUAGCAUGUAGCCUAAUGUUUAUGUACACUUGCAUUUUGUAUCUAUAGUGCUGUAUGGUUUUGGUCGGUUGUCAGUCAUUUCUUUGUGACUUUUGACACCAUUGUGUGUUUUUUACACCUUUUUUUGCUUUCAUGAAUUUACUUGUUUGUUUGUCCCCCUCCUCCUUCUGUUGUGCACUUCUGUUAAUCCUCAAAAUAUUGUUUUCAAUUAGAAAAUUUCCAAGAGGAUGUUAAUCUGUCUUUACAAAACAAUGUGAAAAUAUUCUGUCUGAAAAAGACAUACUGUAUCCGAUUCUGUUGUGCCCUCCAUCAGAUGCCUUUUUGGAGGAGCAGUCCAUGUUUUUUUUUUGUUUUUUUUUUAAGUUUGGAAUAGAAAUCCUCCUCCUAAGUGGGAAGUGUUUCAUAAAGGCAUCAGCAAUGGUUAGUUAAAAGCUCGAGACAAUGUGUUGUUAGGGUUCCAAGCACCAAUGUUGUACGAGCUCUGUUAUCUUUGUUCCGGCUUUGAUUGUGGUCAUUCUCAGACGAAGGUGUUUCUACAACCUGGACCAUCAAUGGCGGGAAAGUCCAACUUUGAUGGUGGCUAAGUAGACUUAAACCACCAUUUUAAGUACUCAGACACUCUCUUGGCAUCGUGAUCGCCCCAAAAUCGUUGAGCCUCAGAUUCUGGAUUGCAUUGUGGGCUUGGACCCCUGUGCACUUGCUUGUGAUUUCUUUUAAUUUCACUUUAAAGGAACAGCUCACACAAAAGUGACAAUUCAGUCGCUAAUCUUAUAAUUAUGAUCAGAGGCUUAAAGACUGACUAUCACUGUAAUUCACAAGAAGCAAAACAAGGAUUUGAGGAAUGUCUAAAAAAAAACAUCACUACAAUCUGUUCUUCAAUUGUUUUCCUGUUGAUUAUUGUCCCACAAUGCCUUGGGUUCAUAAUGUAAAAGCUGUCAUCACUGGCCUCUUUCUUGCCGUUGAAACACUUCCCAUGUCCACUUAUGCUUCUGACCAAACCUUUAUCACCAUGCAUGCACUUUGAUUUCGUUGAUGGCACAAAUGAAAGCACUGCUCAGCUUUGAGACACUUCACCUGUGUUUUAUAAAGCAGUCGUGGUCCAUGAAUCAACAUUUGAUCAGCCCACAAAACUUCAUAAAAGCUUAAAAAGUGUUGAAUUUUGAGCGCGGCUUCAGUAAUUGAAGAACUGACAUAUUUCAUAGAAUAAACUGUUGACUUGCUGUUCAUUACCUGCUUUUAUUUUACCUACAGUAGCAACUCUUCUUCUUCUUAAUGCUGGAGCACAGUUGUUUAAUCCAGAUUUAGACAAAAUAGAAAGCCUAUACAGUGCCGUAUUCUUUUAUAUUUUAGCGCCAACGGAGGAGUUGUCACCUACUGUGGCCAAGAGAACCAAAACAGCAAUGUUGUUUUAUUAAAUGUUAUCAACGGUGAUCAGCAGGAAGUCCAGUUUUCAUCACAAAGAGGCAUCAGAUGUGUUUCUUAAAGUUUUAUUGCCAGAAAUGUAAGUUAUCCCCCUGCAGAUUGUGGAUAUCAGGAUCUGUUCUGAACACCUCCGGGUGUAAAGGGAUUUCUUUUGGGCAUGUCCUAAUCCAGUGACCGUAUAGAAGUAAUAUCAUUAACCAUACAGUAAAGGAGCUAAUGAAAAACUGUUCUCCUGACUUGUGCCAUCACCAUCUUUACAGAAGAUAAACAUGAAAUAUAUAUAUAUAUAUGAUCUAGGCCAGAUCUGAGUGAAGGUUUAGUUAGUUGUCUGGUACCAUUUGUAAAGAAAGAACUUUUUCAUUUUGUGGGACUUUUCAAGUGAAAGUCAAUGGUCUCAACCAACCCUUCAUUAAAAAUCUGUACAUUUAAUAUGUUAUUACUUGUUUUUUAGGAGUUACGUGCUACUAUUUCCUAGUACCAGCAGUGUUAUAACCACAGAUGAUUAAAAGUUUAAUUCGUGGUC